AUGCAAUUCAUCACCUCAUUCGCCACGGCCAUGGCCAUCCUUUCUGCCUCAAUGGUCAUCGCUGCACCUCAACCACAACCGGACAUCAGCAUCAAAAUCAAACUCCCCGGUUACUUGGAGCAAUACUUUUAUGCCCAGGGUGCAGACGAUGUUUACGCCACUUGCAUCAGUGGAGGAGGCAUCUGCUCCACUAGCAAAAACGACUGCUGUGCUGGAUUCGUCUGUGCCGGUAUUGGAGCUGGAAUGUGCGUUUAA